AUGAACUCUCAGCGUGAGAUGUUUAGCCGGGGACGCGGUUUAGGGGCGGAGGGUGGGAAUCGCUUCAAUGUCUAUAGGGGCCGCCGAGGAGGUCCCAAGGCACCUGGUCUCGCCCGUGAUUCAGGACCUCCACAAAUAGUCAGAGCCCACCCUGAGCCUCAAAGCUACAGGUUUGAGUCAGAGCCCAAGUUAGAAACAGUCUCGUCAGGAGCAGCUGAAAUUCAGGGUGGCAGGGGAGAAGCUAGCUCCUCAGCAAAAAAGAGGAAGGGUACUCUGUUUUCAGUGGUCAACUUCAAUGUUGAGGCUACGCUCAAGGAUCACAGGACCUACCAUGUGGCACGAGGCCAGGUCAGAAUCCCUAGACAGGAAAGCUGUGCUGCCAAUGUGUCUGCAACUUGGGCAGAAGCAGCCCCAGCCCCUAGGGGGAGAGGUGCACUGGCCCCCAGGGGGACAAGCACUCUGGUCCCUGGCCUCAUGGAAUCACAGCAGGCCUCUGCCACUGCUCCACAGCCCAUUAAGUCCAAGCCUCGCAGAGCUUGGGAGGAGAGAAAGAAAGCCAGAGAAGCUAGCAAGUUGGCCAGCCAGAACAUCCAGUGGUCCUCCUCUGACAAUGAGACUUCAGAAGAGUGUCAAAGGAAGCCGCGGAGAAAGCCACAGAGAAGGCUGCCCCAUACAUUGAGUCGUAGACGCCCAGCUGAUUCUGAGAGCCCCAAGGAAUCAGAAGGCAUAAGUGGAAGCUCUGAUGACCACAAUGAAGAUAUGCCUGAUGAUUCUCUACCCCUUUCUCCCGGGGAACUAAAGACAAUCAAAGAAAGGCAGAGAUGGCUGGAAGAAACUUCCUGUGACAUGCCCAGGGCCAAUCUUACAAAGAAAGUGGCUGAAGAGAAGAAAUUCCCAGAGGGUCCUUCAAGAGUUACUCUGGGGAGAAACACCCCUUCUUGGAGGCAGAUAAUGAAGACACCUCCCCUGGAAGCAGCUGUAUUACCCCCGAUCUCAGGUGUUCCUCCAUUUGGGGGUUCCAAGGCACCUUCCUCUCUGCAUCCUAGCCCAAAGCAGUACAAGCAAGACAGCAAUCUAAAGAGAUAUGGGGGUUGGAGGAGAAGGAAGUCCUGCUCAGUGGCUAGAGAACAUGAUGAGGCAAAUAGAGAUCCUGGUCUGCAGGCCCAGCUUUCAAAAUACAGGCCAGAUCAACCCAACUUGUCAAUGCAUGGGGGAGAAAUCAGCGGUGGUUAUCACCACACUAGAGACUCACCUGUUCAAAUGAAAUCACAGCCCUUCCCCCAGAGACAGCAGCGCAUCCCACCCACAGGUUCUGCAACUACUGAUUACCAGGAGCCACCUAUGCAUUCCCAUGGUCCAGAAAGGCCACAAGAACCAUCUGGACAACCUGGUUGUGCCCGGGUAAUAUCUUCUCUAGUCCCUGGGAAUGCUAGCCCCAACGAGAUGGUGGGCUCCUUGUCCAGGUUAAAUUAACACACACGCUUAAUCUUAUCAUAUACCCCUUGAAGAAAGGAAACCACCCUUUCUCUUGCACAGAACUGUAGGAUAUGGGAGGGGGUGUAAGGGCUCAGGACAAAGCAGAGGAUGAAGAGAGAGAGGAGGCCAGGACACUAACUGUUGUCUCUUUUUCCUUCUUCCUUACUGGGCUAGUGUCUGACGCUACAUACAGAUAUAGAGAAUCUCAAGGAACGAGUAGAGGCCAUUCAGUCCCUCACUGAGAAGUUCCAGUCGCUGGGAGAAUGAACACACCAUCUUCAAGAGAUACAGCUAGUACCUGUAGUCCAGAGUUGUCACCCACCUUCUUCAGUUGAGUUCUUCUUCAUCCAGUUUGUCCUUUUGACCCCUUGUUUAAGCCCUACAACCCCAGUUCAUAACAGCUUUAAAUUAAAAUGCAUUUUGUGUUC